AUGCCCUACGCCCCCCAAAUCGGCGACCCCAUCACCGCCCUCGACACGCCCAGCAUGCUCGUCGACCUGCCGCUCAUGGAAUCCAACAUCGCCAAGCUAACCGCCCAACUGCUCCCCACGGGCAUCUGCAUCCGGCCACACCUCAAGACGACAAAAUCCGCCGUCCUCGCCGCAAAGCUCGUCGCCGCCGGCGCGCGCAGCGGCUGCGUCGCCAAGCUCAGCGAAGCCGAAGUGCUCUGCGCAAAAGGCUUCACGGACCUGCUGAUCACAUGCGAGAUCGUCGGCGCGCCAAAAGUGGCGCGCCUCGUCGAGCUGUUCCGGAAGCACCGCAGUCUGCGGAUCGUGGUGGACAGCGAGGAGGGGGCGGGUGCGAUUGACGAGGCGCUGGCGCGGAGCGCGAUCGAAGAGCCGAUUAUGACGUUGAUUGAUCUGGAUGUCGGACUGCAUCGGACGGGUGUGCAGCCCGGGGAGCCGGCGUUGAAGCUUGCGAGGUUUGUGAGGGGGUUGGGCCAUUUGAGGUUGAUGGGCGUGCAGGGGUAUGAGGGGCAUUUGCAGCAUUUGCAUGGGAGGGAGGAGAGGAGGAGGAUGUGUCUUGAGGCGAUGGCCACGUUGACGCAGACGGCGGACGCGCUUCGAAGAGACGGACAUGAUAUCGAAGUCGUGACGACGGGGGGGACGGGGACGGCGGAGUUCUGCGUUACGGUGCCCGGGGUUACGGAGGUGCAGCCUGGGUCGUUCUUGUUUAUGGAUACGGAUUAUCGGAAUGCGGUGGGCUCGUUUUAUUCGAAUAGCCUGACGAUCCUGGCGACGGUUAUCAGCAAGCAGGGGCCGAAGAGCGUUACUAUUGACGCUGGACUGAAGUCGCUUACCACUGAUAGCGGGCUGGCGGAGUGCAAAACGGUAGGGUACACGUAUGGCGUGCUGGGUGAUGAGCAUGGGUCGCUCUCCUGGACGGACGGUCCGGACUUGAAGGUGGGAGAUCGUGUCGAGAUGAUUCCGAGCCACAUCGACCCUACGAUUAAUUUGCACGACUUCUACUACGCGCACCGGAACGGUAUCAUCGAAGAGAUAUGGCCCGUCGACGCAAGAGGCAAGGUUCAGUGA